AUGGACAAGUUUUUUGGUAGUAAUAUUAAUAAUAAAAGAGAAAGUCUGAUGAAAGAUUUGGUUGUUGAGGAAUUUGAAAAUGAAAAGGUUCAAAGUGAAGAUAAUAUGACCAAAGAGCAGGAAAUUUUAGUGGAUCAUGAGCAAGAAAAUAUGGAGGAAUUUGAAAAAUGUGUACCGUUGCAUUACAACAUUAGUGAUCCAGGGAAUUGGAAAAAUGUUGAUCAAAACUUGAUAGAUUUGUUAGUGAAAAGAGGUCCACUUAGGGAGGAUAGUUUUACUUUUUCGAAAGAUUCAAAAAAUAGACAUUUCUCUUCUACAUAUUAUAUUCAACAUUUGGCAAAUGGUGAGAAGAGUGAUAGAAAAUGGUUGGUCUACUCAAUUUCGUUGGAUAAAGUAUUUUGCUUUUGUUGUAAGUUGUUUAAGCAAGAAGGAAACAAUAUUCAAUUAGCCAAUGAAGGGAUCAAUGAUUGGAAAAAUCUUAGUUUUAGGCUUAAAAGUCAUGAAACUAGUCAUAACAUGAGAAGAUGGAUUGAGUUAGAAAGGAGAUUGCAACAGAAUAACAAUCUAGCAUUUCAGGGGACUAAUGAGAAAAUUUACGAAAAAGAUAAUGGGAAUUUUUUAGGUUUAAUUGAAAUGAUUGCAGAGUUCGAUCCAAUUUUGAGAGAACACAUUCGUCGUAUUCAAGAAAAAGAAAUUCAUUAUCAUUACCUUAGUCACAAAAUUCAAAAUGAAUUCAUAUUCAUGUUGGCUGGAGAAAUCAAAACUGAAAUUAUUAAAAACGUGGAUGAUACUUCGGGGCAAGGACUAUUUGUUGAAUUAUUAGAUAUUUUGAAAAAACUUGAACUGAAUAUUGGGGAUCUAAGAGGACAGGGUUAUGAUAAUGGUUCUAACAUGAAAGGGAAGCAUAAAGGUUUACAAAAAAAAGUAUUAGAAAUAAAUCCAAGGGCAUUUUACACACCAUGUGGUUGUCAUAGCCUUAAUCUUGCACUUUGUGAUAUGGAAAGUCAAGUUGAAAGUGUUAAAGCAAUAAGAUUUCAAGCACUAGAAAUAAACGCUGCUUUAAAACACUUGGUGGAAACAUGUGAUGCUCAUAAGACAUAUAGAGAUGCUCAAAGCUUACUUUUUGACAUUAUGGAUUUUGAAUUCUUGUUUGGCAUGGUUACAUGGUACAAUACAUAG